GUCCCACCAACAUCUUAUCAGAUACAUUUAUCACUUCCAGAUUUCCAGUGUCCCUCUCUCGCCUCACUGUCACUCACUAGUGGAAUCGGAAGCCAUGGCCGCCAAAACAGUCUUGGUAGCUUCUCCAUCUCAACCUCUAAUGUCUUCAUUCUCAAAACCUAAUCCAGCAUUUCAAUCCUCCUUCGUUGGACUCUCCAUCAGGUUCCCCCGUCAGUCCCUGAAGCCGGUAGCUGCCUCAAAGCCUCUCACCAUUGUCGCCGAGACCAAGAAAGCCGUCGCAGUCCUCAAGGGAAAUUCCCAAGUGGAAGGCGUUGUCACCUUAACCCAAGAAGACGGCUGUCCUACGAAGGUGGAUGUUCGUAUUAUUGGACUCACUCCUGGACUCCAUGGAUUCCAUCUUCACGAGUACGGGGAUACGACGAAUGGUUGCAUUUCAACAGGGCCGCACUUCAAUCCUAACAAAAGGACGCACGGUGCUCCUGAGGAUGAAAUCCGUCAUGCGGGUGACCUGGGAAACAUAGUUGCUAACGCCGAAGGUGUGGCUGAAGCGACAAUUGUAGAUAAUCAGAUACCAUUGAGUGGGCCUAAUGCUGUUAUUGGGAGAGCUUUUGUGGUUCAUGAGCUGGAGGAUGACCUCGGAAAAGGUGGACAUGAACUUAGCCUUAGUACUGGGAAUGCAGGUGGAAGAUUGGCCUGUGGUGUGGUUGGUUUGACUCCAGUUCAGUGAGAACCGCUAGUCCGGAACCAGUCUGGUGGUAAACUGUUGCUUCUGUUACAAGUGUUCAGAGUUGAAUAAUCUUUUUCAAGUCAAAGAGGAUGCAGUCUGGUGUAGCUGAGAACAACUUGUUAAGUCGUAAUGUAGAGUGAGGGAAACUGACUAUGUUUGUAGGUAUAUUUCCCUCCACAAAUUUGAGACAGGUGCAUUGUGUGUUGAAGGGACCUUAUUUUUGGCUUGUGCACGCCUUACUGUGUUGAAUCUUGGAUGCUCAACUCCUGUUUUAAAA